UGAGAAAUAGUUUGGAUAACAAAAUAUUAUUAAAAUUAAAAAUGGUUGACUCUCAUUGGCUGUGAGGUGUCAAAUUAGAACUACAAAAGGAGAGCAUGGCAGUAAUAUAAUUUCAAUAAUGAAGAAGCUCCAUAAAUGAUGUGUAAUGAUUGGAUAAAGGAAUUCAAAGGAUGGUGUAAAUCGUUUACAAGGACAGAAAUCCUGUUGGCUAUAUUAGAAGCCAUUUUGUUAAUAAUAUGUAUUGGGUUUUUGAUUUUUUUGAUACUUCAUUUUUUAGUUUGUUCUCACAAACAGCACAAUGUCACUUCUACAUCUCCUUAUACCACCAUAACAAAUAAAACUACUAUCACUGUUGAUGAUAAUUACACACCAGAUAAGGAAACACAAACACAGAAGUUUGUGUACAUUCACAAGGGAGAAUCUUAUACAGGUGUUGUAACAAUACCACACGGCACGGGAACAGAGAAAAUCAUAUUCAUCAAUAAGGGAGUACCUUCAGAAGUUGCUGUUGUGCUACCGUACUAUGUCACGUCUAAGAAUGGAACUGCCGAGGAUGGGAGCCGAAUAACCCACAAAGACCACGGGAAAGGAACCACUAUCAGUGCGGGUACACUAAUUGAUGAAGUUAUACAUAAGAAAAUAUACAUCAAUAAGGAAGUAGCCUCUGGAAAUGCAACUGGUAUUGAGAUGUCACCAUUAGAUGGAGUAACGCAUAAGAUAGUAGUGAUCAAUAAGGAAAUAACACUGCAAGCAGAAGACAGCAAAAACCCACAAAAUGAUAAUUCAACUGAUGAUGGUGGACCGUCACAAGUUAGUGGAGAAUCACAAUAUACAACUCCUACACUUACGACGAGCGACCUUGAAUGUUCCUGGCACCCUUCCGAGAAAACUGUAGCUCCCACACAUUAUUAUUCAAAGGAUAGGGUCUCAACAUCACCUUAUUUCAUCAAACGGAAAAAGAUAAGCGAGGAAGUGAUAAAAACGGACGGCAAAGACGACACGGUCGUGGACUACGCCAGUAUGGACACAGCGAGCGAUACACCGAACGAGAAUGGCCUCGGCGGCUUCGGGAAAGAGCCGGAGCCGACGGGCCUGGACGCUCUGGCCUACGACGACCAGUCGGACGGCGAAGAGUCGCCAGCUCUGUACAAGAGCUUCGUGCUGGCUCUGGUGAAGGUGAGACCUUCCAGGGAGGUGCAGUUCGGCUGCACGCUCACCGCCGUCAGCGCCCGCUGGACGCUGACGGCGGCCAGCUGCGUGGAGGCCAUCGAGGAGGUGGACUCGCUGGACGCCUUCGUGAUGAUGGAGGGCUACGGGGAGCGCGAGCCGGGCCGCACGUACGCCGUGGCCGACGCGCGCGUGCACCCGCUGUACCAGGGCGCCAACCGCAGCCACGACCUGGCGGCGCUGCGCAGCGAGCGGCGGCUGCGGCGCGCGGGCGCGGGCGCGCGGCUGGCCGGGCUCGUGGACUACUACGCGCUCACGGCGGCCGAGCGGCUGGCGGCGCUGGGCUUCGGCGGCUUCCGGUGA